AGUCUCAUCUGGCGCGAAAGCAUCCACGUUGCCUUUAUCGUUUGGGAUUCAUUUUACUUGCUAGCUAAUUGAUAUUUUAGUGAAGUGAUUUAGACGAAAUGAUUGGACAGAAGACCAUAAACUCAUUUUUCUCACCUGUCUCUAAGAAAAGGACUUCUGAAGACCUCAAUGAAACUGCAGAAGAGUCCAAAGAAGCGGUGGGUCUCGUUGUGAACCGUUACAGCACAUCGUACAUUUUACAAGGGAAAGUCUUACCUUCUCGAGAGCCUUUGUCGUUGUUAAACAGUCACUUUACGUCAGAGUAGUUACUUUAUAUUGCCACGUUAGGUUCUAGGUCAUAAAACAAGCAGUCUCGUGUUUAAUUUUGGAUUGAAUCAAACGCGUGUGAGUCUGUCCGAGCUGCAUUCACCAGCGUCACUGUUUUGAGUAACGCGCACGCUCAGCUAGAACAGGAAAUGUUUGCUGCAUACAGGAGAAGCUUUAUAAAACUAGUUUUUAUUUCGCCUGCGUCAUAUUCACUGACCUUUUCUUCUACUCGAUACACCAAAAUAAUGCCAAAGAAGCGAAGAUUUGCGGCUGUGGAGGCUGAACCAGAGGCUUCUAGCUCGUCUGGUCCUGGUCUCUCCGCGGAGCAGUUGGAAAGAAUCGCCCAGAACAAAAAAGCGGCGCUUGAGAAACUUUCCUCCGGCCUUACGCCCUUAGGAUUCGGGGAGAGUUGGAGAAAAAGCCUGUCUGCGGAGUUCUGCAAGCCUUACUUUAAACAGCUGAUGGCAUUUGUGUCAGAGGAGAGGAAACGUCAUACAAUUUACCCGCCUGCAGAAGAGGUGUUCACGUGGACUCAGAUGUGUGGUAUUCAAGAUGUGAAAGUGGUGAUUCUUGGCCAAGACCCCUACCAUGGUCCAAACCAAGCCCAUGGAUUGUGCUUCAGUGUGAAGAGGCCAGUGUCACCUCCCCCAAGUCUUGAGAACAUGUACAAAGAACUAGAAGCUGAUAUUGAUGGAUUUACACACCCUGGACAUGGAGAUCUAACCGGAUGGGCCAAACAAGGAGUGCUGUUGCUAAAUGCUGUACUGACCGUCCGGGCACACCAAGCCAACUCGCACAAAGACAAAGGCUGGGAGACCUUCACAGAUUCAGUGGUUCAGUCGCUCAGCAAAAACCUCAGUGGUGUCAUCUUCAUGUUGUGGGGAUCAUACGCGCAGAAAAAGGGUGCAGCUAUUGACCGGAAACGACACCAUGUCCUCAAGACUGUACAUCCUUCCCCCCUAUCGGCACACCGUGGAUUUUUUGGCUGCAAGCAUUUUUCAAAAGCCAAUGAGUUGUUGGUGAAAUCAGGGAAGUCACCUAUUGACUGGAAGGCACUUUGAACACUAAUAACACAGCUUUAUUAACUACUGGCAAACACCCCGUUAUAAGCUUGUUCGUAAUGUUUAUCCUGUUUUUAUAUUUUGCUUCACUCAGAGUUUGUUCUUUGUUCAAAACAAAAUAACACUUAACUUGUUCGUUAUUAUAAAUCUUUACGUUUGUACCAUUAAAGUUUUAAUAUUUUUCUCCUU